AUGUCAAACAUAAAUGGUAAUGUACAACAAGAUACAUCAUCAUCAUCAUCAAAUCUUCAAGGUUCACAUGAAAAUGAAAAAUCAUAUACUGAUCAAGGAAUAAAUGAAAAAAUUGUACAAAAAAUUCGUUCAUUAAUUGAUAUAGGUAAAUUAAAUUCAAGUGAUAUUGAUAAUCGUGUAUGUGAACAAUUACGUUCAUUUUCUGAUGAUAUAACAAGUAUUGAUUCAUUAUUUAAUGAAUUUAAUGAUUCCGAUUUAACCGGUGUUGUUAAUAAAGGUGCAUUUCUAUGUAAUUUUAUAAAACAAUGGAAAUUACGUAAUCCACAACAACCAAAAUCUUCAUCUAAUGAUUCACAAUCAGGAUCAGGUUUUGGUGAAAAUGCUCGUACACAUAAACCUGGUCCUGAUGAAACAAAAUUAAAACAAAUUGUUGAUCGAACCGGAUAUAAAACUGAAGUCACAGCUGGUCAACGUAAAUAUGGUGGACCACCACCUGAUGGACCGGAUCGACCAGCUUCUCGUAGUGAAGUUUUUAUUGGUAAACUUCCACGUGAAAUAUUCGAAGAUGAAUUAAUUCCAUUAUGUGAAAAAGGUGGAAAAAUUUGGGAUUUACGUUUAAUGAUUGAUCCAGCAUCAGGUUUUAAUAAAGGUUAUUGUUUUGUUACAUAUUGUUCUCCAGGAGAUUCAACAAAAGCAUGUGAACAACUUAAUGGUUAUGAAAUACGUCCUGGAAAACCCAUAAAAGCAAAUUGUAGUGUUGCUAAUCUUCGAUUAUUUAUUGGUAAUAUACCAAAAACAAAAUCAAAAGAAGAAAUUAAAGAUGAAUUAUCUAAAGCAGUUGAAGGUGUUAUAGAAGUUAUUAUUUAUACACCAGCUGAUGAAGCUGAUAAGAAAAAAAAUCGUGGAUUUUGUUUUGUUGAUUUUGAUACACAUAAAAAUGCUUCAGCUGCUAAACGAAAAUUAGCUAAUGGUCGUGUUCGAGUGUUUAAUCGUGAUAUUGCUGUUGAUUGGGCUGAUCCAGAUGAAGAACCUGAUGAUGAUACAAUGUCACAAGUAAAAGUUUUAUAUGUACGAAAUUUAACAUCUGAUGUAUCAGAAAAUGAUGUAAAAGAUUUCUUUUUACCAUAUGGAAAUAUUGAACGUGUACGAAAAGUUCGAGAUUAUGCCUUUGUUCAUUUUGAAAAACGAGAUGAUGCAUUAAAUGCAAUGCGUGCACUUAAUGGAAAAAUUCUUGGUCGAAAUACAAUUGAAGUUAGUUUAGCUAAACCAUUAAGUGAUAAACGAAAACAAGCACAAUCAAAACGUGAACAACGAAAACCAUUUGAUCCACCAAUAAAUACACGAAAUAAUUUUGAUGAUAACGCAUCAAAUAAUUUCGGUGGUUUUAAUAAUGAUGUACCACGUCGUGGACGAUCUGAUGAUUCAUUCAAUGCGAAUAAUUUUGGUGCUUUUAGUGGAGAUAAUUUAAUGGGAAGUGGUCCAUCACGGGGUGGAUCAUCUCAACGAGGCAAUAAUCGUGGUGGCCGUUCUGGUGGUUCAUCAGGUGGCGAUCGAAGUGGUUUUUCAGGUAAUCGUGGAAGUGGUUUUAAUUCAGGUAAUCGAAGUGGACAUGGUAAUUUCAAUCAAAAUAAUCGUGGAGGUUUUAAUAAUAAUAAUAAUAAUAAUUAUCGUGGAAAUUAUGGCGGACCACCACAAAAUAAUAAUUCUGGUGGAUUUAAUAAUAGUGGUUUCAAUCAAAUGGGUAGUGGAUUUAAUAAUCAAGGUGGUUUUGGUGCAUUUAAUGGUCCACCACAAAGUAACAAUCAAUCAUUUGGUCGACAAUCAAAUCAAAUGGGUAUGAGUAACAGUGGCUUUGGUAUGAAUCCAAUGCAACAAAAUCAAUCAUAUGGAGGUAUGAAACGACCACCGAAUCAGAUGAACGAUGGUAAUAUGACAAAACGAUCCCGUCCAGAUACUGGAUCGUGGGGAGCUAUGGGUGGUGAUGGUAAUGAUAAUUCCAAUAAUGGUCCACAACAACAACAACAGAAUGCCGGUGGAAAUUGGUAUCAAGAUCAGGGUUACAACAGCUCACAGCAACAGUCCAGUUAUAGCUGGAACUGA